CUUCUACGCCUGACACUGGGCAGCACAAAUAGUCGUGGUUCCGCACGUAUUGGCAGACGUCUGAAAACUUCGCAACGAGCCAAACCUUAAUUAACGUGAUCUACUGAGUACAAUUUCUGUGAAAUUUCCAAAGCAAAGAUGUCCAUUUCCGUAAAUGCAAUUCGCCACUCUCUGAGGAUGUCGUCCUUCCUCGCAAGGACUAUUUCAAUGUCUCUUCAGUCACAACCAACAAAAGCUGCCAUGAAAUAUUCAAAUCAGUUUUAUAAUGCAAAUUGUAUGCGAGUGUUUUCCACGACGGUGCCGAACGUUCAAAAGGACGCUGAAGAGGUUGAAGUAACUUUCAUCAAAGCAAAUGGGGAGAGAGUGAAAUCUAAAGGUAAAGUCGGGGACAGUUUACUCGACGUUGUAGUAAACAACAGCUUAGACUUCGACGGGUUCGGCGCAUGCGAGGGGACCUUGACCUGCUCAACUUGCCACCUGAUAUUCAAGCCGGCGGACUAUGAGAAUUUACCAGAGAAACCCAGUGACGAGGAGUGCGACAUGCUCGACUUAGCUUACGAAUUAUGUGAUACUUCCCGAUUAGGAUGCCAGAUUACGCUGACGAAGGAAAUGAAUGGGCUGGAAGUGCAAGUUCCCGCCACCAUAAACGACGCUAGAGCCGUUCCGGAUAGCUAAAAGCCCGCCUACUUAGGAAUUAGUCCUGUUACAAAUCCAGCAUCCUAAAACAAUCAUAAAUUACCACUAAGAAAUUAGAAUCCGAUGAGUCCAAUUGAGAGCAUAGAUAAAUUGUUACGUCCCAGGGGCAUUACUAUAUUGUUAGAGAGAACAAAAUAAAGUCUAUUUUUUUACGAACUGGCAAAA